CCACUAGCUCCUCCUCUUUCCUCAACUUCCCUCUAUUUCAAAGUGUGAUAUGAUAUCGGACAUUGGCACCGCUGUAGUAGCAAUCUUAUAGAGGAGCAAAUAUUGUUAAAGAAUUAACUGUUUUUCUUCGUGAUCAACGCCCUUCGUGCACAGCUGAAUUACGCACGGUUUUACGCUUUAGCUGUUUUGGUAAGCAAAUCGUGCAUUGCCGCCAGUCCGCCACAACCUGCAGUACGAAAAGUGUGACACCUUGAACAACUUCAAGAAUGGAGCCGGGAGAGUCCAUUGCAGCCAGUUCAGAAUUCAAGUUGCUUCAGGCUUACUGCGAAAGGCGGACGAAGAAGAAGACAAAGUCGAAGAAGAGAAUAAGCGCUUUCAAUGACUCGCCCGUAACUGACAUGAGCGUGCCAAAUACGCGUCUGUUCCUGUUCAGCGCAGCACCUCAGCAUCAAAGUGGUCCUCCGCUGCUUCGGGGUCCCGUGCGUCAGUCGGACGGAGAUGAGCUGGGCAAUGUGGCUGACAAACUCACCCAGAUUGCAGACAAUGUGGACGUGGAGUGCGGCAGACUGGAGUGUGACUUCGGCGAGGAAGAUGUCAUUCAGAAACUGGUUGCAUUGCUGCGAUCAACUGGGGAUGAGCUGGAUGCAGAGCUCAAGAAAAACCCAGCACUGCUCAAGCAGCUCCAGGACUCCUUCUCCUACAGUCUGUUUGAGAGGGUCACCCAGACCUUCCUGUCCUACGUGCUGCCCUCCCCCUCCUCUCCCUCCGCUGCAUCAGCCUCUGCAGCCUCUUCCUCCGCCUCUUCCUCUUCCUCCGCCUCCGCCUCCGCCUCUUCCUCCGCUUCUGGCUCCGCCACACCCAGCUCUCAGCAGGCCCAGCAGAUUGCCAUGACCUUUGAAGUGACCAGCAGGCUCUCGGUACUGGACGGGCAGCCCAUGAACCGGGUCCUGGGCUUUGGCGCCCAGUACCUACAGCAGAACUACUCUGGCUGGGUGCAGCAACAUGGAGGCUGGGACAAGGCUUUUGACGCCCAGGAUGAUGAUGAUGAUGAUGAUGAAGUCCAGUAGGAGGAGGAGGAGGAUUAGGAGGUCUACUCUGUUUGCUUUCUUCACCCUCUCAGGGAGGUACUGUGCCUCAGGGAAUACUAUGGGCUCCAUUUCCAACGAGUAGCGAGUAGCUUACCUCCUGUCCUCGCCUUUUGCUUGUGCCAUUGUGCUUUGCAGCCCCCCCCCCCCCCCCAUUCAACUUCCUGAUUGCAAAUGAGGAAAUUACCUUUUAAUUGUGCUUCUUUGACAUAAAUAUAUAUUGACAUAAAUAAAACUUCAAAUCUAAAUUGAAUCUAAAUUUGAAUAAAACUCAGCAGUGACGUCUUUCCUCGCGUCACGAGUCCACAAGCCAAAGGAGAGGACGGGAGUUACUAGAUUGAGUUGGACCCCUUGCUGUGCCAAAGGCUAAGAGUACUUACUACCUCUUCAUAUUGCACUGCCGACCAUGUUGCACUACGAUCAUCACUGAUGCUGUAAGUUAGUUACACACGGUAACCAAACCAAAGAUUUUCAAUAUGGCCGCCAAGACAAAGUGUCACUACGCGUCACCAAUGAAAAAAAGUGGCAUCAAGUCCUGUCCCCUAGAAGAGGGUGUGGCAUUCCAUUGAACUGCACUCAUCCUCCUAGUCUCCUAAAGGGGCACGGCUGCCAUAGGAUGGCCACUUAGAACCUUAAGUCACAUUGAUUCCCGAAGAAGCUCCUUACAAACCAUCUCUUCCGUGACAAGAUCAUGUCGUGCCAACAGGUUGAACAUGAAGUUGUUGACUAACUGCUACUGUCUGUAACAGCAUCAAUGAUUGCAGUGCAACAUGGACUACAGGGACUGCAGACUUAACAUCUCCAGGGCCGAGGCAUCCAAUUGCUCUCAGCAUCCAAAAAAACAUUUCAUACACAAGAGAAGGGCACAUUGUCUAUCUAUAUCAUUGUAAUUACACCGUAGGCCUACUACACCUGUUGUCCCAGAACAGCCAAGAGUGAGUAUACAGCAGUAUGUGAUAUAUCAAGGACAUCUUGAAUGUGAUAAUAACAGGCUCGCUGCCACACCAUGUAUGAAGGAAUAUACAUCAAUAUUUUACCUGUGUAAUUCUGUAAGUUGUCACAGUGAAAAAUACUGUUUCAUACCAGUGAUGAAUGUGUAUAUAUUUUUUUGUAAGACACCAAAGAUUUUAUUCAUAUCAUACCACUAGCUUUGAGCAGAAAUAAGAAAUGUGAUUCAUAUUUUUUAAUAAAUAAAUG